AUGGAUGAGCUUACGCUUCUAAAAAUAGGUGUUAAUCCCCUUCAAAGGAAGAUGCCUAUCAAAAGAUUGCCAGAAUCUGUGAUUUCUAGAAUAGCUGCCGGUGAGGUAAUAACUUCGCCGUAUAACAUAAUAAAAGAGUUGCUUGAAAAUUCAUUAGAUGCCCACUCAACUUCAAUUACCAUAAGCAUUGAUUCAUCUCUCAAAAAUCUCUCGAUAAGAGACAACGGUGCUGGAAUCGAAAAAGACGAUCUAGAAUUUCUCUGCCUAAACCAUUAUACUUCAAAGAUCCAAUCUAUCGAAGAUUUGAAAAAGUAUGGUUCUAUUACUUCAAGUUCAUGUUUUGGAUUUAGGGGAGAGGCGUUGCACUCAAUUAGUCUUUGCAGUCAUAUAAAAAUUCAAACUAAAACAUCUCCAUUGGAAAGGUGCGAUGUCAAAGAUGGUAUGGGGCAUGUAGCUAUUUACAAUAGUGAUAGGUUGAUUGAUGUAAAAGAAUGUGCAUUUGAUGGGCAUGGUACAUUUAUUGAAAUAAAGAACAUUUUCUACAAUAAUACGAUCAGAUCUGAGUACUUCUCAAAAAACAGGGUCGAAUUACUUAACUGUAUUGAAUUAGUUGCAUACUAUGGCAUUAUCUAUAAUUCUAUUGAAUGCAAAGUUGAUAAUAAGGUAAUUCUGGGUAGAGACCCAUGCGAAAGAGGGAUGAGCCAUGAUAUUGACAAGACUAUUGAAAACAGAAAAGGCUACAUUUUGAAAAAUAUACUUAAUUCAAAGAAUUUUUUGGGCAAAAAUGAGCAUCUCAGAAGUUUUUAUAGAUUUAGAAAUAGUAAAAGCCAUUGUGUUGUUGAUGAAGGAUUCAUAAUUAUAUGCUCAGAGCUUAAUGCAGUCUUCAAGUCUAGCAAAUUUAUUCUUUUUGUAAAUAGAAGGCUCGUCAAGAAUGAUUCGCUGAAAAAUAGGGUUUUACAAAAAUACAGGUGCCUGAAAAAAGGAUGUGUCCCUUUUGCUAUUUAUUGA